AUGCGGAGUGCCCUUGCUGCCAUGCGUGAAGUGACAGCUGUCUCACCAGAGCCAGCAUUAGUUAUACGAACUCGGCUAUACGAAUCAGGCGUUAAAAGCAUGAGUACUGCACUUGAUGAUCUUUUCCGCGUCACAGGUAUUCAGCUCGUCAAAGGCACGGCUGGAGUGCGGCAGGCCCUUUCUUACGACCGGCUCGUGCUGGCAGCUGGCAGCUGCUUAAGACGUCCAAACAUCCCUGGGCGCCCCCAUCUGCACAGCCUGGCCUCCCAUCCUCCUAGGCCGACUCGAAAUACCGUUAUUGUGGAGGGCGGCGGAUUUACAGGUAUUGAGAUCGCAGCCGAGCUUCCCGGACGAUUAAGUUCGGUUAUCGGCCAGGAUGUCGAAGUGCGCGUCAUCGUUGUUGAACAGGGUGCUGAAAUUGGCCCUGAGCUGGGAGCCAACCCACGACCAGUUAUUUUCCAAGCCCUGGCAGAGCAAGAGGUGGAAACGAAGCUUGGGGCAUCAAUGAUGUCAGUGGACGAUAGAGCCGUGGUUACUACCAGCGGCGAGCACAUCGAGUCACUCACGGCUCUCUGGACAGCCAGGCUAGAAGUAACCCCAUUGACACACCAAAUAAGAGAAAUGAAAGACCGACGCGGAUGUCUCCAUGCCUAUGUGGAUCUACGCGUCCCAUCCGCAAAGGACAUCUUCGUGGCAGGUGAUGCAGCUUUCGCUGAGAUAGAUUGCAACGGCCACUAUGCAAUGAUGUCCUGUCAACAUGCAAAUGCGGGGGCAGUUGUCACUGAGGGCUGGGAGCACAUUGCACAUUGUCAAACUCAAAGAAAAGAAUCCGCGAAUCGCAUUGAAGCGCUUGCUGCUGCUGGCCCUGACAGCCCUGGCCCAACUCUGGCUUGA